ACUCAGAACAUACCAAAUGUAGGCAUGUUAGGCGCUAGCUUUAUGACCUAUAUGGCUUCAAUUCAGCGUUCUUCGCUCGUGUUGCGUCUUUUCCUGGCGUUUUAUAUUACCGCAUCGAGGACAGGGGCCGCUUCCAGCGAACACAGUGGAUGGAAGAUUUCCAUAGUUAUUUUUGAGGACUCGAACCAGCAGCAUCCCAACAAUACCGUCAAAUCAAAAGAAGCGUACUACGAGGAGAUGUUCAAUUCCGUGUCAAGACGCCUCGAUCUGCUUUCUAACGGGCGGUUCGAAUUUGUGAGACGUGAAUAUCAUCCGUUAUCCGUGGAACAAAGCCAAGUUCUGUUUCUAAAAUCUGGGAACUCGGCGAAUAUCAAAGAUAUCUUUCACCACUGGAAUACGCAGCUGGCUAAGGAGCUUGAAAGCCAUACACAUGGAAAAGACCUUAUUAUUUUAAUAACGAAACGCACCAUCAGGGAUCCUAACGGCGACAGACGCACUGGCUCUGCUGUCAAAGGAAGUAUGUGCACGCCGCAUAAUUUUAUCCUGCUGAAAGACGACGGAAGCUUUUCAGCCGUGAACAACAUUGCAAAACUAAUUGUUCAUUCGUUUGGCGUUGAUAUGGACGGAGCUGGCACUGCUCGCUGCUGCCGGAGAGGUGAUGGAUUUCUAAUGGGGACUGAACCUCGUCUGCCACUGGCUUUCUCGGAAUGCACACUUCACCUUCUUCCAGCGGCAUUAAGGAAGCUUACAUGUUUGGAAAAAAAUUCUUCCUCAAGAAAAGCGAAGGAUCUUCCGUUGCCGCCACCUAUUUCAAGAGCGUCGUACUGUGCCGCGUUGAGCUCUGUACACUGUGAUGCAUUGGAAAUGGGCAGCCUAGCAUGCAUACCGGACGAGGAAAAACUUUGCUUUGUCUUUUGCUGUUCGGGAUUCCGAUCGCCAAAGAAGAUAGUCGCACCCGACGGCCUUCAUUGUGGUAAAGAUUCCACAGGUAUUGUGGACAGGAGGUGUAUCAACGGAAUGUGCGAGAAAAUCAACUAGCCUGCGAAUACUACGCGGAAUGGAGGAAGCGUCGCAUUCCUUUGCGCGAAUACAUGCACAAUUUUACAAUCAAUAAAGCGCUGCUUCAAGCUUCUAAGCAUGAAGCUUUAUGAAGCGACA